AUGAGCGUUGCCGUGGCUCUCGUAGCUAUCUUGAUCCCUGCCAUUGGAGGUUUCUACUUCGGUUUCAUCAUGGACUAUAAGAACAAGUUUAGGUCCUUGCUCUACUCGUCGGACUGGUCGCUGCGGCUGUUGUACUUCAGCACCCGCGAGACGUAUGAAUGUGGAUGUUGCGAGUCUGGGAUCCUUUAUGGAUGCCUGGGAACAUGCGGCGAUGCCCAGGGAACAGGGCCGUGUAGCACACGGGCGACAGGGACAUGCGGAUGCUGCGCCCAAGGAUACUUCUGGGGCUGCAGAGGAUCAUGCGGGGGAACGACCUACUCCUCAGCUGUCUUCGACUCUCUCGUGGGAGAAGCUCAGUUAUCACUGAUAAAAUUCGGAAUAGGAUACCUUGCCAAACCAAGAUUUCUCGCGCAGAUCGAUAUCGUCAAGACUUCGUAUUCAUUGACAACCGACAUUUCGUCGGAUCAAAACUUGAUCCUGUCUAUUACUGAGAGUAUACUGCGGAAAAGCAAUAAAUUCAUUCCACCUCCAUAUGGAACAGCAAUACGAAUCGGAUUGGGUGCAUAUGACUUCAUAACCACGUAUGAAGAGACCGGAGACAUUUGGCAAGCUUCAUGGGCAGCAGUUUCCGGCAUCAAAAUGAAAGAUGUAAAGGCGGUGGGGAAAUUGCUGGGAAAUCAACUCAAGUCUUCCAACAAGUUGAAUAAGGGAUCGCAAUCUGCCACACGAAACGUGGUCCAUUGGAAUCAUACAAACGCCAAGCUGCGAACAGCUCAGCCUCUCAUGGUCAAGGUCACUUUCUUAGUGAAUGUGACUGACGAAGCAAAACUCUUGAAUGUCUUGAAUGAAGUCGGCCAGGAGCAGUUUUUCACUGAAAGCGCGCUGGAUCCAGUGACUUACGGCUUCUGGGACGACACCCAGACAUUGGUAGUUGGUUGUUUGUUCGAGCAGUGCGUUCCUCAGGUCCUGGUAGAGCCUUCUUCGGAGAUUUCGCUGAAAGUUUCCUUUAACUACGCGGCUGCUUCCAGCGGCCUGACAUCUACCACUAGAAGCACAAUCAGGACAGUGCUGGCCAACGCCGCUGGCCCUCUUUCCUCACAGAACGAUGUGACUAUCAACAGCGAAACUAGCGCUUCCUCAUCUUCUACUACUAUGAUGGCCACUAUCAGCAUGAAAAGCAAACUGUAUGCAAACAAGGCAGCCGCUACAAUGACCGCUUCAAAUCUUAACUCCGAGGCUACAAAAGCAGCGCUAGGUACCAAUUUGUUUUCAUCGGUGUCUGUUGCGACAUCGUUUUCCAACUACACUGUUGCGCCGCUUCAGAUUCCUCAGGAAACAACCACAACCGCAGACGCCACCACGACCACGACCACGACCACGACCACGACCACGACCACGACCACGACUACAAGCAGAAUCACAACAACUACGACAACCAUUGCAACAACUCCUCCACCUCAGAAAUCGGAGUCAUCCGGAGGAACAAAUCUACCGAGCGAUCAGGGGAUUCUAGGCUCAUCUCAAAGUCAUGACAACACUCAGAAAACGGCUUCAUCUUCUGAUAGCAACAAUACGAGUCAGAGCACGGGAGCGACUGAGAUCAGCAAAGCAGACAGUUCUCCACUUAUCAUCGUCGUUGUCGUGGCGUGUGCAUUUUCUGCCAUCGGCAUUACAGUAAUUGCUGUAGUGUAUGUUCGGAAGCAGAGAUUGAAGAUUGCGACAGUCGCCAAUGAGUCUCAAGUGCGAGCAGCUUGUGUGCCAGACAUUCCGACUGGAGUGACUGUUGUGAACUGUAAAGAGUAUGACUCUGAUUCAGAAAUGAAAUAA